AUGAUCCGAAAAGAAAUCUUCGUUAUUAUUAUUUUUGCUGUAUUAGCCAUAGGAUCUCAAUCAAAGACAGGCUCAACACAAGAGUCAAGUUAUUAUGGUCAAUGUUCGUAUAUUGGUGAUCCUCAUCUAAUUCCGUUUCCAUCAGCGUAUGGGGGACCCCAAUCUACAUAUUGGUGUAAAACAUCGGGCUGGGAAUUGCUCAUCAGUAACCGUUUCGUUUCGAUUUCUGUUCUCGUUGGACCGAAUCCUCAUUAUAUUAUUGGCUACGUUUUAACUUUCUACGGCGACUCCAUUUGUGUGGUUAAUGGUAGUAGUAAAAUUCCACCAUUGUGUGCUGAUACUACACCGGCCACAUCAGUGGCGUUAGCAGGUGGUUCAGCGUGGGCUCAUUUCCACAAAACAGAAUCUAUUGUAGUACACAUCAGCAAAUCUGGUAAAAAUCACGGUAUUUAUGUCUAUCAAUCAUAUUCCUUGAUCGAUGUAUCGGUUGGUCUAUGUCUAAAAUUGAAUUGUUCCGUUGAGUCAACGAGUGCAAAACCGAUAGCUAUCAUUCCUGUAGUAUGCAAUCUUUUUAUUGAUGCUGCUAAAAAACGAGCCAUAGGUGCUAUCGACCCAAAAGUAAUUACCAUGGCUCAGACAACGUGCGUCAAUGAUAUGCAUACGUCACUUGAUGCAACAGUCGCUCUCGCAGGUCUUUCCUUGAUUCUUCAUGAUAGUGCAAAAUCACAGCUUGACUGUGAUGAUCAAAAUGCACUCUUUCAACAAGUUCACUCAUUAAAACAGGAUGCUAUUUUGAUUGCAACCCAACAAGCGAACGAAUUGAUUAACAAUACGGCAGAACUUUGUAAUGAACAAAACCAAUGUCUAGGAACAGUCAAUGACAUUAACUUCUAA